GGCGAUUGCGUUUCUUCCUCAUCAUCAUCACACAUAUCCGAUAUGCCAUUAUCCAAUGAGGAGCUUGGCGAACACGUAGCGUCUUUGGAGCGCCUACUCCAAGGGAACCCUGCAGGCCAGACCGCUGCUCUUGCGGACUACGUGCAUAAGCUCGAAGCGUUCGCAGCAAGUGGGGACCAUGUACCCAUAGAGAGGACGCUACAACUCUUCGGCACAGCCGUCGGAGGCCGCAAAAGAUGGCAGACUCCGUUCAGAGACAGCGGCAUUCUUGCCUACGCCCUCGACGGUUUGUCCGCUCUCCGCCACGAGGAACCGAUCGCGAAGCAGUGCUUGAGAGUCGUUGGCAAUGCUGUUGCCGACAACGACACCAACAGAGAACUCGCUGUCAGAGAAAUACAGGCCAUCGUUAGCUGCCUACAGUCGGUAGACCUACGCUUGACCACACUGGCCGUCCUCUUCAAUCUUUGCAACGACUUUGAUCCGGCCAAAGCCGCAGUGGCCACGCUCAGACUGGACGCCACCAUAACCACGCUGCUCGUUCUCGACAGGGUACCCGAGGCGGGGCUCGACUAUGCUACGGAUCUGCUCAGCUGGACUACGAGCAACCUCAACGAUGCUCAAUUCAAGGACGAAGUAUCCCUUGAGACGUUCAAGAGCUUACUAAAUGUAGCGCUCCAGUUCGACGAAGACCAUUAUCUCGAGUAUAUCGCUAUCCUGGUACACUACCUCCAGGACCCAGACUUCCAGCAGAGGAUAGCAACGCCAAAGCUACUAGACGAUCUCGUCACCCUCAUGCUAGAGUUCGAGGCACGACUUCAGCCGGACGAGAUUGAGGCCGUGUUCCUGGAACUUGCAACAAGCAAAAGCUCAGAAAGCACGUCAUCUGACGAGGCGCAGGUUCUUCUCAUGGCUCAGCUGAUUGGCUUGCUGUCUGCUGCCUCCGCAACAGAUGUUUUUGCACAAAGUUUCAAUAUCAGAAGCCCUGUUAUUGAAAGACUGGAAGCAAAGCUGCGGGCGCCCUGGGAGAGCGCACAACCAUCUACGAUAUGCGCUUGUGUCAUGGUGGGAAAUUUGGCCAUGUCUGAUGAGAUUUGCAUCGACAUGGUCAAGAUCAUGGAGCUUCAUGUCCGCCUAAUUACGCUUUUGAAGAAGAGCGAUAGACCUGCGCUUCUGUAUGCUGCGGCUGGUUUCAUGCGCCAUCUCACUUUCCCAGAGGCUAACAGGGCUUUGCUUGCAGAUGCCGGGCUCAUGGAAGCAUGCUGCCGCAUGCUCGUACUCGAAGAUCCUUCUGUCCGUGGCGAGGCAGCAGCCAUGCUGUGCAAGCUCGUCACGGGCAAUUUUCACAACAUUGAAAAGGUCAUGUACGAGACGGUUGGCCCCGACACCGAGGCAGCUGAUGCGGCCAUCUCAGCGGACACUGUAAUAUUUUCACACAUUGUCGAACAGGCCCUCGCCCCCUCCAAGCCGCUCCCGAGCACCACGAUGAAGAACCCCAUGAUUGAACUGGGCCGCACCAUUGUCGCCAUGUUCCGCUAUCUUGGGCGGCCAAACGCGGAAAAAGACGUCGAAGCAGUACAACUACAAAUCUUACAGGUACCUCAGAUUGCCCGACCGAUUGCCCGACUUGUACGUCAACGCUUCUACCCCGAAGCCCGAUCCGAAGGAUUGCUUGGGCUCGGCCUGCUGGCACAGACGCUUGAGGGCGCCGCCGCCAUUGCCGAAGAGAUCAAGGAAGACAGCGGGCUUCUUGAGAUUAUCAAGGAGCAUGCAAAUGCAACCGAAGAGGGGCUUUCGCAGCAAGCCCCUUCAAUGGCCAGCCGAGACCACCAGAACGCGAUUGUGCUGCUCCAAGCGCUGCAGAACAAUGCGGUAAGAGAACUCCAAGAAGCCGUUGGGGAAGUACUAAGGACUUCCAGGCUGACCAAAUGGACGCAAUACUCGCGCAUUAGGCAGUCUCUGUCAAAGCACCAACGGGAUAAUUCGGUACGAAGAUCGUCGGGUGACGUUAGUGUAACGAGCAGCCCUUGCAAAGAUUCCCCGGGAAGGGUCAGAGAGCUGGCACGGAGGGCCACGGAUAUGCCCAUAACCCCGGGAAGGCCAAGAGGUUCGACGUAUGUAGGAGAGUCGACAGGCGAGCGUCCGAGGACGCCGGUGAGAGUCCGGCAGGCCAUUGGAGAGAUUGAGGAGAUCUCGCCAAAGACAAUCAAGGAAUCGCCAGCAACGGAGCGACUCAAGGGGAAGGGGAUGAAGCGUACCGGCACAGCACUGACAUCAUGACCUUAAUGUUUUGAACGGCUUGUAUAUACACCUUUUAAUACUACUCUCCAC